AUGGAAGGAUCGAGUAGAGACCGCUACGGCAGAAGGUCGUCGCGGAAGCAGCUUCCGAAGAGCUUCCUUGACGACGAUGACGAACCGCUCCCUCACCAAACCACUCGAGUUAGUCGUAGAGACAGCGGCGCAGGUCAUAAAACAGCAAAUGGCGCUAAUAUUCCUUCAACCUUCCUGGACGACGAUGACGAAGAAGACGAGGAUAAACUGUGGUCUAGACGGUCACGUGCGAGACAUGCGAGAGGUAGCGCUAGCUGUCGUUCGUCAAUGGAUGCCCAACGUCCGUUAUUCGACCAUAAUAAGGAAGUUGUGUCGGCUGUGACGUCGGGAACGAAUACACCAAGGGAAGGAUCCACUGCUCCUCCUGAAGACGGUCGUCCUGAAAGAAGGGCUCGUUCGCAAUCUAUCGCUCGUUCUCGAUCACGAUACCGUAAAGCACCUCCUAAGAUUCAAACAAACACCGAUUCCAUGCCUGCUCUACCGGUUACGACUCCUACUUCCGUGCAUCCACAAUCUGCAGGCGCAGGCCUGGGAAGACCUCCGAUGACGGCGCCGGCGACAAAGUUAACACACGACCCUAUUCCGCUAGAUGUCUAUAGACAAUAUGUGACGCAGUUGCAACCGAUACCUAGUAAACAGACGAGUGAUGAGUCGCUUGGAUCGGGACCGAAGACUUCGGGAUCGGAUAGUACCAGUACUUCGAGUGAAGGUUUUGAUGCUGCUAAGGUCCUUCCCCAUGCUUCGAGAUCUACUCACACACCGGAGAAGGUCGAUCCUAAUACACUGGCGAAAGUUAUGGUUGUCUUAUCGAAGAAGAGUCGGCAGCAGUUCAGCUUCAAACGUGAUACUACUGUUGGCGAAUUACUCGACUGGGCCUGCAAAAAGGACGCUAUGACGCUGAGAGGGGCUGCUAUCAUCAUCGAGCGGUUACCCGGAUUUGGCUUCGAACGUGCACUCCACGAAUCGGAAAUAGUAUCCACCGUCGUCGAUGCAAUGGAAUGUCGAAAGGAGGAAGCGACUCUAUACCUGGAUGUCGAUGUUAUUAAAUCCCAAAACCUAAGAGCCACACCUGCCACGGGAAGGGCACACCCUGCCCGAAUACUCGGGAACUUCUACUACGCAAAGGGAGAAGAUGCGAACUCGAAAAUUAAAUCGAAAAGAUAUUUCUGCCUUGAUGAUGCGAAACUUACAAUGUCGAGGAUGAGUAGCCGAGCGAAGAGCGAGAAGAGCUCUCAUGUGUGUAAUAUUAUGGAGUAUGGUGUGUAUACUGUUGGGCAGUAUGGGAAGAAGAGGCAUUUUGAUGUCCCUUCGAAGUGUCAGUAUAUUAUCAUCAUGAAGGCGUUAGCUUCAAAACAGAUGUUUAUCGACCAGUCCCGGUUCUUUUACUUUUUCGCUACGGACUCACAGGAGCAGUACUUUGAGUGGGUCAAGACGUUGAAUGAUUGGAGAGCGUAUAUGUAUCAUUCAAAAGAGAAAUCCAAAGCUGCAGCAGAAUCCCAGCUCGCUGCGAAGCUGGAACAGGAAAGUGUUUCAAGCCCCGAGGCAUCGGAAACAAAGCUUGCGAGACUGCUUACCGAGAGCAAAUUGACGCAGAAGGGCAGUGAUGCGUUGAAGAGCCCUGGGUUGGUUUCACCAAGGGGUCUUGUGGCUGGGGCGAUGAAUCCGUCGGCCUACCAGGGAGUGAAUGACAGAGCUCCUUCGUCAAAAGGUGGCGAAGGAAACGACGACUUCUUGCCUGGUGGACUUCUGGGCAAAGCGUAUGAUAAGAAGGUUGAAAUACGAAAUAUGGCACCGAUCGAGUCGAAGCCACUGCCGUUAGAGAGGAAGGGAACGCUUAUCCAGAAGGCAGGAAAUCGGCAUGAUGAAUACAACAACAUGUCAAUGCCUCCGAAGACACCGAUCCGAGAACGUGCUGAAGAGAGAGGACGACAAGGCCAGAGAAAGGACAAUGAUACGGCUUUCUACCGUGACCAGACUACAAGCCCCCCGGCGAAGAUCCAGACAUCGCAUGGACUAAAUCCCGCUGGAAUGCCCCAGCAUAUCUCACCGACUGGACCGCAGCACAAAACUUUGCUCAACUUUGAUGCCGAAGAAGAAGAAAAGUAUAAGUAUAAGAAGAAGAUUACGGGUCACGGUGUGGAGGUUGAUAGAACUGCUGGGCCGCUUAUCAGUCAUGCAACGGAACCGGUUAACCCCAACGCUAUCAACGUUAUCAGCCGAAGUAUCUCUACAAGGAUGGGACCUGGCAAGGAACCCCAUCGAACAGGGAGGGCACGUAGCGCGACAUUAAAGGCUACAACUUCGAAGAAACGAUUCGAGGUGCCAACUGAGCCUAUGUUUGAAAACAACGGGCUCACUCCCACAUCUUCGAAAAAACGAUUUGAUGUGCCAACUGAACCUAUGUUUGAAAACAACGGGCUCACUCCCACAUCUUCGAAGAAACGAUUUGACGUCGACCCUGCAUUUGAGAUGAAUGGGUUGCUAGCAUCGGUACCUUCACAUACCACAGAAGGCCAUGGCGUUGCAACGGGAAGACACGGGAACACAAAGCCAUUGUUGAACAUGGCAUUGAACAGCAAUUUUGUGCCGGGCAGUCUACUGGAGCAGCAUGAGAGGGUCAAGGAGGGAGGGCCGUCUUACAAGAAGGCGGCAAUGUACAGGGAGGUUUGCUAA